AUGAAGUUUACUAACGCCCUUAUUUUCGCUACCGCCGCCUCUGCUGCUGCCGUCCAAAGCCAGCGCAUACGUCUCGAUACCCCCCAGGAUACUGGCGCCGAUUUCCUCGAGGGCAUGCGUCUCGAUAUCCCCCAGAGAGUCAAUACAGAUAUUCCCCAAAAUAUUAAUACCAAUAUCCCCCAGAAGGUCGACACCAAUACCCCCCAAAAGGUCGAUACAAAUAUCCUCAGGGAGGUCGACACCACACUAGACGCUGCCGUUACUGCGAUUAACCAGGGCAAUCAAAGUCUUAACAGCGAGUUCUUUCAAUCUAGAUUUUUCCCGCUUAUUGAUUUUAUUAAGCAUGAGACUGUAAAGAUCGAUACAUCGCUCGAGGAUCUUUCCACAGACGAUGCGUACCGUCUUUUCAAGCCUGCCGAAAACUUACCGAGGUUGGCCGCUGCUCUUCAUUCUGCCCUAGAUAGAGAGGAUGUCAAGGCGACUAUUGUACAGAACAAGGCUUGCAGUAUCGUUCGAGCUUCUAUUUUUGGCCUUCAAGAUGUAUUGAAUAAUUUAAAAAGUAUCAUAGGCUACACCCUGCCUAAGUUUGCUAAGAAUACCGAUUGCGAAACUCUUCUAUCGUUUACCAAUUCCUUGGGGAAAACAGGCGCCAUGUUCCAUGAUUGUUGA